UAGAGGCACUACACAAGAUACUCGUAAUCUACACAAGUUUAUACACCAAUACAAUAAGCAGAUAAUAGGGACAGUAUUUGCGUUUGUAAUUCAUAUUUUGUUCAUACAUGUCGCUGAAAGCACAGUUUUUCUAUACGUAUUUUAAAAUAAACUUAUAAUAUAAUAUAUACAUGUAAUGUAAUCUUCGUUCGUAUUUAUCGUGGCGCUAGUAUUGAUUCGUUUUAAGAGGUUAAAGUUUCUUUAUUUUUCGAAUCUUAUUUUUAUAAUAUUCUAGUGUAAAUUGGAAGAUGACAUUUAAACUAUAUAAAAUAGAAUUGUAUAUAUCAGUACUGUGUAUAUAAAACGUACAAAAUGCAAUCGACUUUUGCAUUUGUAAUAAUCAUCUUUUCCAUGUCAACAAUUUCAUGUUAUCAGAGAUCAUAUUCAAAGGAUUUAAGUAAUUCUAAAGAAACAGGACAUUCAAAUAAUUGGGCAGUGCUAGUUGAUACAUCUCGAUUUUGGUUCAACUAUAGACAUAUUGCAAAUGUAUUAUCUAUAUAUAGAAGUGUAAAACGUUUAGGAAUACCUGAUUCUCAAAUCAUUCUUAUGAUCGCCGAUGACAUGGCAUGUAAUCCUAGAAACCCUAGGCCUGCUACUGUCUUUAAUAAUGUUAAACAACACAUCAAUGUUUAUGGAGAUGACGUGGAAGUUGAUUAUAGAGGUUAUGAAGUUACCGUAGAAAAUUUUGUAAGAUUAUUAACUGGUCGAUUGGCACCAGAGACUCCAAGAUCCAAAAAGUUACUUACUGAUGAAAGAUCUAAUAUAUUAAUUUAUUUGACUGGUCAUGGAGGUAAUGGAUUUCUAAAGUUUCAAGAUUCCGAAGAAAUAACUAGUCGAGAGCUUGGAGAUGCUUUAGAACAAAUGUGGCAAAAGAGAAGAUAUCAUGAAAUAUUAUUUAUCGUAGAUACAUGCCAAGCAAGUUCUAUGUAUGAAAAAUUUUAUUCUCCAAAUAUUUUAGCAAUAACUUCUAGUUUGGUAGGAGAAGAUUCUUUGUCGCAUCAUGUGGAUCCUGCUAUAGGUGUAUAUGUUAUAGACCGAUUUACAUAUUAUGCUCUAGACUUUUUAGAGAAAGUAGAACCUACCAGUAGUAGAACAUUAGGAGAAUUUCUCAAAAUAUGUCCAAAACACUAUUGUUUAUCUACAGUUGGUGUAAGAAAAGAUUUAUUUAAACGAGAUCCCGAUAAAGUUCCUAUUACAGACUUCUUUGGUUCAGUAAAACCUAUAGAGAUCACAAAAAACAUAAUAAAUGUCCUCCCUAUAAAAUCGAAUAAAACAAGAUUGAUAGAAUCAGAAGAGAGAUAUAAUUAUGUUUCUCAAUUUCCAGAUAUAACGCAAUACACGUAAGCUGUUUCAAUAUUUGUAUUUAUAUCAGCAUUACUUUUAUUAAACAUAGUCCUUAAAAAUUA